CGAGACCGGGUAAAGGAAAUAGCGACCCGCCCAAGCUGAAGGCCGAACUCGCCGUCCCCUCUCCCCUCUCUCUCCUUCAAUGGGCUCCCCUCCUCUCUCCCUCCUCUUCUCUCUCCUCCUCCUCCUCCUCCUCUCUGUCUUAACCCUUCCCACCUCCAAUGCCGCACUCCACAGAGCCAAACUCCUGACCUCAGAGUUUUCUGCAGUCCGCCGGCCCUCCUCCCCCACCACCUACUUCGAGGUCACCCGACCCAUCCCCCUCCCCAAGACCAAGCCCUGCUCCACCCUCGUCCUCCGGCACGACUUCGGCAACACCUACUCCAAGCCCCCCGUCACCGCCCUUUACGAGCCCCCCUCUCACUGCCCCCUCCACCGGCCGCCCUCCGCCGUCGUCCUCGAGUGGUCCGCCGCCUGCCGCGGCCGCCAGUUCGACCGCAUCUUCGGCGUCUGGCUUGGCGGCGUCGAGCUUCUCCGCAGCUGCACCGCCGAGCCCCGCGCCACUGGCAUCGUGUGGACCGUCAAGAAGGACGUCACCCGCUACUCCUCCCUCUUCGCCCAACCCCACACCCUCGCCGUCUACCUCGGCAACCUCGUCGACCAGACCUACACCGGCGUCUACCACGUCAACGUCUCCCUCCACUUCUUCUUCGACUCCUCCACCCCCCGCCGCCCCCCGGCCGCCAUCCCUGUCCCCGAUUUCGCCUCCCCCGCGGAUCUGAUCUUGCCGAUCUCUCGAAGCCUCCCGUUGGACGGUGGAUUGUGGUUUCCGGUCCAGAAUUCCUCCGACUUUCAGAAGAAGGAGCUCACGGUCCCGGCCAACACCUACCGCGCCGUUCUUGAAGUGUAUGUCUCCUUCCACCAGAGCGAUGAGUUUUGGUAUGGCAAUCCUCCCAAUGACUAUAUAUUAGCUAACAAUCUCACCAAUUUGCCCGGGAACGGGCCCUUCAGAGAGGUCACUUUGAGACUGGAUGGCAAGGUCAUGGGUGCUGUCUGGCCCUUUACUGUUAUCUACACAGGUGGGGUCAAUCCCCUGCUGUGGAGACCCAUUACGGGCAUUGGCUCGUUCGAUCUCCCGUCUUAUGAUAUAGAGAUUACGCCGUUUUUGGGGAAGGUUUUGGAUGGGAAGCCCCAUGAAUUCGGGUUCGGAGUGACCGAUGCUUUGGAUACUUGGUAUAUUGAUGCAAAUUUGCAUCUUUGGUUGGAUAGCAAGAGCUCGUGCACUGCCGGGAAUCUUAUCAAAUACGAAGCUCCGGAGUUCACGUCGUCUCUGAUUUCGAAAUUUAAGGGGCUCGAUGGGCGAUUCAAGACCACCGCAAGUCGGCAAAUAUCUAUGACCGGGUGGGUGAAGUCCUCUUAUGGGAAGAUCACCACCCAUUUCUUUCAGAGGUUUGAUUAUGAGAAUCAGAUGCAGUUUGCAGGUAAUGGAAGUAUUCAGGUGGUGAAGCAGACCAUAGAUUCUAACCAUGGUACUUACACCAAGCAUCCAUCUUCCAUCUUGUACUCGGAGCAAGUGCAUCAGAACUUUCCUCUUUAUAUGUACACGGAGACUACUGACCAAGUCAACGACACCUACUCUUUGGUUUCCAAUGUCACGUUAGGAUUCAAUGAGAAAAAGUUCUCCGGAGAGCGGUUUGGCUUCUCGUUCAGCUCUCUAAGGAACUUACAGAAUUGUCAGGGCAAUAUGGGGGUGAAGGGGAAUCUGGUGACCGGUGGCUCUGGGAGUACUCAGCAAGAGUACAGAUAUGAGAGCACUGGUGGUUGCUACUUUAGGAAUGUGAGCAGCAGUAAUUACACUAUUCUGUAUGAUGAAAUAGAGGAAUCUUGUGCUGAGGCAUCCCCAUUAGGUGCUGGGCUUUUUUUUCGCUGGUAGACGGCCGCCUUUUCCAGCCAGGAGAAUAUCCCUGGCAACCGAAAUGUACAAAUUGAAGAAUGGUGAUUAAAUUGUUUCAUUUUGCUGAUUCUUCCAAUGUUGAAUAAGAGGAGUUCCCCUUGAGGUUCGUAUGAUAGAUGGCUUUGGAGUUUCUAAUGGCUCCUGGGAUCAUGUAUGCAUGUAAGUUAGAAGCACAGGUUUCAUUGUGGGAUUUGAUUUUUUCCUUGGUUGAUUUCUGCUUUGAAUGUUUAUCAAUCGACCCUCAAUAUAUGCUUCAACUCAUUGUUCAUCUUCGUGCUUUAGUUGUUAAUGUCAAGUAAUGAUCUUGGAUUGCAGACUUGGUGUGUGCAAACUUAAUAGUCUACAGAACAUAUUGUAAUUGUGCCUUAAACUCUGAACAAUUGCUUUAGCUCUCAGUGCAUUCUAGGAUAAAAGAUUUGAAUGACAAACUCGCAGACUGUCUAGGUUCAUUAUAUUCUAUCACUGCAGUCCUAAGUCCUUUUUCAUAUCUGACUUAUACAAAUCAAACAAUAUACUGUAUUUUACAGGUCUGCUGGAAGUUCCAUUUGGUAGUACAGUUUGCUUUAUUUUUCUUUGAUUUAAUCUGCAGAAGAGCAAUAGUAUAAGAAAUUAUAUGAUAGUUAAGAAAUUAAUACUGCUGAACUGCUGCAGGGAAGAUGCCUUUUAGUUGCUUGUGGUAUUCAAACAACCAGCUUUUGCAAUUGGCAUAAAUUCUGUAAGAAUUACCAUUUAAUAAAUUAUUCAAGAUCUUAUCCAAAAAAACACUCAUAUUCUAAGAUAAAAUAUAAAUAUAAGAUAUAUGCAUAAGAUGCCAUCUAUAGUGCUCCCAUCAAAUCAUUCUUUCCAGAUAAUUUAGCAUGGUUUCUAUUCUUGCAUGUUGUGUAAUAUUAAUUGAAUUUGACAGCUGAGAAAUUUAUUUUGCUCUGGAAAGUUCUAAGCUAAAGUUUGGGGUUCACUAUGAUAGGCAUGUUUAAAAUACCAUGUAUGCAUUAAGAAUACAGAGUAGACAAGGUUCUUUCUGCUAAUCUAGAUCCAAUUCUUGCCAAAUACUUUUUCUUUGAGAAAUUAUUCCUGCCAUAUUGAUCAUCUUACUUGUAUAUCCUCCUUCCAUCCUGAUUUUAUUGCAGCACAGAUUCAUGAGGUUUUAGCGCUACAGAAAGUAAAGUCUAUUAAUGUCCUAGCAGGUGCACUUCAAUGUGGAUUUUUGUAUUAAAGUUUAGGGUCAUUGAUGAAGACCCUCUUGUUGGUGCUCCCUAUCAAUAUAGUCAUCAUCAUAGACCCAAAGCCUAGUAGGAAGACAUGUUGGAGUAGAUCUAGUAAGAUCUGGAUCAUGCCAAUUGGGGACAACCCCUGGAUGCCACCACGUUUAGGCCUAAGUUUAACAAGGUGAAUGGUGUGUUUACAGAGAUGAUCUUGUGGACAAGUUCUUCGUAUCGUGUGCCACUAAAGACAUCAGAUAAACAUGGUACUGUUCGCACCGAUUAUUGCACUCCGUCAACCAAAAGCUCUUGAAGUACUGUGAAUAUUUCUGAUCCUUUCAUUCCUUUUAAUAUAAUAUAAACAUUUCUUUUGAAAAAAUAUAGCUUGCACCACAUAAAAACUAGAAACAUUAGCAUAGAUAAAACUUAUCUAAAAUCUUUGAUGUUCUGAUAGAGGCCUAGAUUUAUCCACCUCUAGUGGCAAGAAUUGGUACACACAUAUAUAUAAUCUUGUGAACUGAGUUCUGUGGUUUUAGCCAAAUAAGAUCAAACAAUUAAAUAAUCACAGUUUUUAUGGCCAAACUUACAAAAUCGAAUGGCAUAUUAAAGAUCUUUAUUAUGAUACAAAUCUAUAGUUCUCAAAGUAGAAUAAUUUAGCAACCUAAAGAAUGUUUGAAGCAAUUAUGGCCUCUCCAAUGAUUCUUCGGCCUUACUGAUUUUUAGGCUUGUGACUUUAACAUGACAUAUCAAUCUUACGAAUUUUGAAUUUUCAUUAUAUAGUAAUUCAUAAGGAAAAACUAUCUGCUGCCUUCAAUCAAAGGGCAAAUCAGUCUGCUGUCUUCAACCCAAGGCUUCAAUUUCAUCUCUUUUCCACACCGGAGGUUGAUAAUGGUUGGAUGCUCCUUCAAACUUCGUCCAUGAUAACUUGUGCUUGGCAAGCAUUAGAAAGGUAAAGUUGAAUUAAGGAUACUAUUGGCACUAAAGUAGGUACUUACAUAGAGGUAGUAACUUAUGAGCAUGGGUGAUUCUGUGAAGUCUAUAUUAUUAACUCUAUAUGCAUGGCAUCAAUUCAAUAGGAAUGGUAAGUUUGAUAUUCUUAAAUCGGUUCUGCUAUUAGGCAUAGUUUAUUUGGUUAUGAACUGAGUUUCUCAUGUCAGAGCACUGUUUACAGUGAUAUGUAUAAGGUGGUAGGCUAAGGCACAAUCUGGUCAAUUAAUUUGAGUGCCUAACAGGUGUCAUAGUGCCAACUGGUAUUCAGGAGGUGAUUUGUUAAAAGAAAUCUGAGAAUAUUUCUUGUCUGAAAGAAUAUCUAAUAUAUACAUACAUAUACAUAUAUAUAUAUAUAGAGAGAGAGAGAGAUAGGGGCUAAAAUGCUCUUGAGGGUAUUUGGCUCCAAAUUCUUCCCAAUGAAAAACAAUAACAGACCUCUCAAACUGAAAAUAUGCACUAUUGAUCAGUGAUCUACAAUGUGGAAAAUGCCUAGUAAGUCGUGCAUUUUUAAGGUCUUCUACCCAUACAUCCAAUAGAUGCAAGGUAUUACUAUAUUUUAGUUUGAUCUAUAGUCUAGAAGUAUCCAAAUUAGCUGAAAUUUAUUCUUUAUAUAUUUUAAAAUAUUUAAAUUAAAUUUAAUUAUUGCAAUUUGCAAAUAUAUAGUGUAUUAAUAUACUUUUGCUCAUUGGAUAUAUUUCAACAAAAUUCACUUUGGGCUCGAUUGAUUUAUGAGCAUGAGACAUCAAAAUAAAUGAUUUUUUUGUUUUUAGGUAUUUUAUACAUAGUAGAUCAUGAUCAAAGGUGUGGAUUUUCAAUUUAAGACGUUUCUCACUGAUGUUUGGUGAGAAGCAUUUGAAGCCAGAUGCUCUCAAGAGCAUUCUUUUACGUGUUUUCAUGGAGAAGCAAAAGGAUUCGAAUGGAAGUUUAGAACUAAUAAAAAAAGUACAAUAAGCUAAAGAUACUCUGUUCUCAUUUAACUCUAACGAGAUGAUGUUUCUCAAAAGAAGAAGAAGAAGAAGAAAAAAAAGUUUAUAACUAAGAAAAAAAGUACAACAAGCUAAAGAUAUCCUGUUCUCACACUUUGAGCAAUAUGACUGCUGCUUCAUAGAGGCUGAUAGCAUGGUAUUUUGGUGGUCUUUCUAGUUAGUGCAGCACUAUCCUGCUAACCAGAAUCUCAUUUCAAGUUGACAUUUGCCACUAGCCAAGUACCGCUUGUACAGAAUUUAGCUUGACAAUGGAGUCCUGAAGCUAAGACAUCAUACCUGGAGACACAGCUUAUCUGGUUUAUCUCAAAUGGGGUAGUCAUGGAGGCAACAGUGGAUAGUCCCUGUGCAGCAUACUACAUUCUCAUAAGCGCAGCAACCAUAGAGCAGGCAGAUGUGGCAACAGCAAGUUUCUCCAGAUGGGCAGUAUGACAAAUCUCCGCAUGUAGUUGGCAAAGGGCUAGGUGGAGGUGGUGGCGGCGGCAUGGUUGGUGAUGGAAAAGGAGCUGGAGAAGUCGGUUCGUUGGUGGGGUAGGAAGCCAUGGCAUAUAUAGAACAGACACCAUAAGGUUCUUUCUUGGAGAGGCUGAUAAGCUCCCUUGCAGCGAUGGCAUUUAUUUCCCCAUAGUUCCUGUUGAAGAGAAUUUCCCAGCAGCUUGUGGCAGCGAUUUAGCAGAGAUAGUUGCUGAAUGGCCGUAAUCUAAUAGGUUUUUCUGUCAUACCAAAAUACUUCCAUCUUUAUUUGGUGUUAGUGAGCUGUGCUCUGAUGUAUGUAGCGGGGAAAGCAAACCUUUCUUUGGUAAGAUGUAUUGAAUUGAACUAUUAUUUGUUUAUGCAUAUGUGAAGGAAAAGAUAUCCAUGAAAUGAAGCUUGUAAGACAAUAAAAUUUGCAACUGUUGAGGCCCUGCUACUAAACAACUCUCAACCAGAGGGACAUUUUUCAGGGACUUUUUUCAGCCCCCUUCGACAUGCCGAUGGUAUCAAUCUACCUCCAAACUUACUCAAGUUAUUUUACCAGACUGUGAUGAUUCUAGUUUUAAGAUAUGCUGGAAUUAAAUGUACUGCAAUAAAAGCCUUCCAUCCAUAUAUUUGUAGUAGAAAUUCUUAUUCGGGUCUUGGUCUUUCAAUAAUGCUUUUUGCAGUUAUAUUAUUCCUCGGUGCAUGCAUGCCGCCUUCUCACUUGUCAGUGGUUACUGAUGCAUAUAAGCGGCCAGAAAAAGCAGCUCAGUUGGCAUAGGAGAUUGAAAAUGCUCCAUGAUAUCUGUAGGUGUGAUCGAAUUAUGUUCUUUUUGUUAGUAUUUUUUUUUUGUUAUUUUCCCAUGCUUUGUAUUUUCUUUGCCACUAUGUUCUGGUCAAUACCAACCGAACUCGUAAAGCAACUUGCUUAACAAAUUUUACUAUAUCGUUAAUAUUUCGUCUCUUGUGCUUCUGUUGAUAACUAGUUCUCUGCAAAAAGAUUUAAUUUCAGGGUCAUGUGGAAACUUCUUAUGAAGGCUGGCAUGUUUCCUGGAGCAGAAGUAUGAUGUUUAUAUGUUAAACUGCACUAUGCUACUGAUCUGAGAUUUCUUCUUGGAAACAUAGAGGGUUGAUGUGCAUGCACCAGAUUAAAAAUAUUUCACCAUGAUCUGAGAGUGCAAACUGUCUUGUUAAUAAGCAUUGGACAAUCAAGAGUCGCAAGUAAUGACUGAAGUGCCUAUGAGUGAUAACUCAUCAGUUGGUGCUCCUGAAAUUGAUGGUUCCUGAGCUCAAAUGCGAUAAACCAUUCACAGAAAAAUGCGAUAUUUUCAGUCUUGGAGCGAGCUUUGCACUCUAAAGAGGCCAUGGCAAGGUGUGCCGUCAGUGCAAAACAUAAGCUAUGUCUCAUUUAUACUCCCUAAUAUACUAUGAGAAAGAGGAAAUUAACCUUGUAAGAAUCCUCAGCUGAUUUCUUCUUUUUUUUUUCCUCCAGGUGGUCUAUUCAGUUGCCAACAAGGGCACACGGUUGUGAAUUACUGAAGGCGUUCGUGGCAGCCUCGUUUCAGGUAUUUCGUUGAAGUCACACGUGGUAUCUUCUAAACCGGUUGCAUUCAAAUUGGUGUAUUAGCUCAAGAAUCUACUCUCACAUUUCAUCAUACGGAUUGCUGGGCAAAGCCCGAAAAAGCGAACUGCCACUGCAGUCUUCGCUGAUUUGAUUUGCCAUCAGUCUUCUACAGUAACAGUAGAGGAACCAAACUUCUAGCCGGCUUAAGUCGUAAAUUAGCCGGUUCUACGGUGAAAAGCAAAACCAUAUCUUGCAGUUUCAGUCAACGUGCUCCCUUUUCAAAUGGCACGCAUUGUGGAAACACUAUACUUAUUUCAUGCAAGUUCUACUAGAGUAAGUAGUUUAUUCAUUUCCCAGUGCGAAGCUUCCUGUGUCCGAGACUGUUAAAAUUGAUCGAGGACUGGUGCUAUUGACAGAGAGAGCACGCAACUUUUAUUCAUUCUUAUCAUCAACUCGGUACCAGUUCCUUUGCAGCAUUUACAACUCCGCAAACAACUGGGGAGGGGGAAAAAAAAAA